CGGCAUAUUUUGUUGAAUUAUUUUAAAAAACAUAAGCAUACUUCUGAAGCUCAUAGAAAAAUUUGCAGUGUUAAUGGGGAUGAUGCCUUAACCGAACGCGACAGGUGCGUUUAAGGCAUUAAGAGAGAUUAUUACCAGGAUACCGAGAAGGAAAAGGAGCUCACUACUUUCGGCUGAACUGAAUUGGCCCCUCCCCAUAGCUACUCUCUCUCACUCUUUCUCUCUCUCUCUAAGCUCCUGCUAGUAUUGCCUUCUUCUCCUGAUAGACUGAUAGACAACAGACAGUUCAGCUUAAAUGUAAGUGGUUUGGUUUGUUUGGAUUUGAUUUCCAUGCACAAUUUUAUUAAAAUACUAAGACCUACGACUUUUGAUUCUACUUAUAUAUAUAUAUAUAUAUAACACCCCAGGAAGUAUGUUUUGUAUACUUUUUUAAUGUAGUUCAUAAAACGAAAAAAUUAAAAAAAUGAAGUGAGAGACUUUAUUUACUCAUUUAUUAUUUUAUCUGACCACUGGUGGAUCUAUGGGGGGACGGGGGAAGCUUUGGGGCUGAAGCCCCCCAAAAUGGUAAAAUAUAACCAUGUUUUAUGGAAACAAUAUCUCUUAAAGUAUUAUUGUUCAUGUAAUUAUAUUUAAAAGGACUUCAAGAACCACUUAAACACCAUUUCAUAUAGGUAGUUAAUUUUUUUUUUCUCAAAUUAAUCAGCGUUAUAUGUACAUGAAAAAAAAAGCUUUCGGGCUGAAGCCCUCCCCCCCAAAAUUAAAUCCUGGAUCCACUAUUGUAUCUGACUAUAGUUAUAAAAAUUUACUUGACCUUUAAUACCAAUUCUGUCUGUUUUCAUUGGUGGCGUACCUAGACCGUUUGGGGCCCGUGGUGAAUUUAUUUUUGGAGCCCCUUAAAAAUAGAUAAUACUAAAACCCUAUUUUUUUAAAAAAUAAAAACAAUAACGUCUCAUUUAAAUAAAAAUUAACCACGUACUUCUAUACAAAAAAAUAUAAUUAAAUAAAAUAAAAAAAUAGUUAUAAUACAAUUAUGAAGGAUUAGAAAUAAAAACUAAUACAUUAAAAAAAUCGUAAAAUCUCACUGCACAAAUUAAAAAAAUAAAAAUAAACAGAUAAAAAAGAAGCAUUUUAGAGAUUUUUUUUUUAAAUAACACAUAUUGUGAUUAUUUAAGGAUUUACCUUAGAUCGCUUUUAGUAACAAAUACGGACGAAUAAAAAAAAAACAUUAAUUUUUCACUUUGGGGGAACCUUUAAAGCCUUCCCACCCCCGUGGAUCCGCCAGUGGCACUUACUAACAAAACAAAUAGUAAAAAUAAUACCGACAAAUAUUUUAUUUACGAAAACAACGUGCUCUUCUGAUUCAACAUAAAGAAUGAAACCAUUUUACAAGAAAGUUAAAAUUCAAUAAAAAUAAAAAAUUAUGCCAAUAUCUUGUGAUCCCAUAAUUAAAGAAAAAAAACAACAAUUUAAAAAAAAAUAAUUUCUUGGCUGAUUAAAAACAAAGUAUUUGUUUUAUUUUUUACAAUAAAGUUUUAUUUAAUUUUUAAAAUUGUCAUUUUUAUGGAGUUCUCGUAAUAAACAAGUCAUCUUCUCCCUCUAGUCAUACUACUGUCCGAAUUCAUAAAAAUUUUUAAUAGUUUAUAUAAAAAAAAUAGGUAUUUAAAUAAAUAAAUAAAAUAAAAUAUGUGAGUGAAAAAGUAAAGUAAUAAAAUAUGAAAAUAGAUCCUUUUUGGCUGCUACUAGAAACAUUAUUUUAGCUUCCGGGAAGUGCUGCUCUCUUUUGACGGUUACUAAAACUGAUAUUUUAGCCAUCAAUAUUGCUGCUAAUAUUCAAUUAUACUUGCCUUAAAUUAGUGCUAUUUUUAUUUGAUACACAAUUUUACUCAAUUGUUGCACUAUACGAUAAAAUCAGACCAAAUUUUAUUUUAAAUUAUUUAAUGCUAAGCACUAGCGGAUCCAGGAUUUAAUUUCGGAGGGGGGCUUCAGCCCGAAAGAUUUUUUUUUCAUAAACCUUCAUAAAAAUAAUUUGAAAAAAAAAGAAAGAAAUUAACUACCUACAUGAAAUGGUGUUUAAAUGGUUCCUGAAGUCCUAUUAAAUGUAAUUAAACGAACAAGAAUACUUUAAGAGAUAGUUUUUUAUAUUUUUUUCUGUAAAACAUGGUUAUAUUUUACCAUUUUGGGGGGGCUUCAGCCCGAAAGCUCCCCCCCCCAUAGAUCCGCCUGUGAUGUCAAGUACUUAUCAAUUACAUUGAUGUGAAGGUUACUAACGUAAGGACUGUUAUAACCUUCCUACUUUAGUUUUUAUGUAUCAACAAGUGUAGAUAUGUCUGAUAAUCUUUGAUAACUACGUUAUAGUAGAUUUAACUUUAUUUAUUAGAUAAUAUUUUAUUCCAUGAAAUAAUUAUUUAUUUUCUGUUUUUUUUUUUCAUUUAUCAAGGCCGUAUUUUGUGUUAUAAUUGAAUUGACAUCAAUAUUAAAAUGGAUAGUUCAAUGAAUGGAGAAGAGAGUGGUAUAAAAUCAGAACCAAAAACUGAAGAAAAGAAUAAUGAUGAGCAAGGCAUUGAAGAUGAUCAGAAAUCAGAUGGAAAAUCUGAAGAUGCAAAUCAUGAACACCCAGAUGCGCCUGAAGGGGAUGACUCAAAGGCCACUGGAGAAAUCUUUAUCUUGGAUGUCGAUGCUACGGAAUUGGAUCUGAACUAUCAAAGAAUUGGCAAAAUCGGGACUGCAGAAUUAGAUAGACUACAAAACCUGGAGUGUCUAUAUCUUCGAUGGAACUUGUUGAAAAAGAUAGAAAACCUAGAGAAUCUAGUUACCUUAAGGGAGCUAGAACUCUAUGGUAACCAAUUGACCUCAAUCGAAGGCUUGGAUACUCUUGUAAACCUGGAGAUGUUAGACUUGUCUUUCAAUAGAAUUACUGAAAUAAAAAAUCUAGGAAAUCUUACAAAGUUAGAGAAAUUAUUUUUAUCAGCCAAUAAAAUUUCUAAAAUUGAAAACCUCAGCCAUUUAAAAAAUUUAAAAAUGCUAGAAUUAGGAAAUAAUAAAAUUAGGGUUAUAGAGAAUCUGGAAGAGCUAACCAAUUUAGAUAGCCUUUUCCUCGGAAAAAACAAGAUUAAUACUAUCAAUAAUCUCGGCACUCUAAAAAAGAUAAAGCUUCUUAGUAUACAGUGCAACCGUCUAACAAAAAUUGAGGGUUUAGAGGAACUCAAGGAUCUUGAAGAACUCUAUAUAUCUGAAAAUGGUAUCGAGGAAAUAACUUCGUUGGAUCAGAAUGUAAAAUUGAAGACUUUAGAUUUAGCGAUGAACCACAUCACAGCUAUAAAAAACGUUGAACACCUAGUAGAAUUAGAAGAAUUUUGGAUAAAUAACAACAAAAUAACAGAUUGGCGUUGUAUUGACGUCCUCGCCGCCAAUACUAAAUUAACCACUAUUUAUUUAGAAGGCAAUCCAAUCUCAAAGGAUCCAAAUUAUAGAAGAAAGAUAAAACUUGCCAUACCUUGGAUAACACAGAUUGAUGCAACCAUGACAAAGUAAUUUAUAAUUAAUUUAAUUGUAUGUUUAAAAAAAUUAAACCUGUAUCCUACAUUUAGUAUUAUCCUUAAAGAAAUAAUUUGUAAUACAUGUAAAAGAUUUAUUUUAAUAUUUAUAUCAUAAAUAAAUAUUAA